AUGCGUCAGAUCCGUGAGAUGCACGAAGCCAGACCCCCUAGGAUCUACGACAGUUGCAGGCCAAACAAUCCUAAUAUACCAUUUUUUGCCAGCAGUAGAGAAUACGAGAACAGGAUCCUGCCCGAGCUGCCCGAGCUGCCCGAGCUGCCUGAUCGUGAUCGGGUAUGGCUCGUAGAGCCAGGCCUCUGUUCAAUUGAGGUAUACGAAGCCAGCCUGAAAAAGUCUCACCGCCGUUGUCCGCCUCUGACAAAGUACAUCUGCCGAAGCGGCGUGGUGCAGGUGGCUCUCAGAACACAUCCGUAUGCACCUACAAGCGCUGCAGAGGAUCGCCACCUACGUGAGGAGCGCGACAUUUGUUUCACUCUUCUCUCUGGAAAAGAAGGUCUCUAUAUUAUUCAAAGGUUGCACUCUCGUGGGGCUCUUUCCUUUCCAAGCCACAAGCUGGCAACACCACUUGGUCUCACCACUACGAUUUUGUGGGUGCAGGAUGAGAGGGCGCAGGAUGAGAGGGCGCGUCACAAUAUUUACCGAGAGCUUGGGCUUGGCACUGACGAUUCCGAGUUUCCACGUAGUGCACUCCCACACGGUGUCAUCCCUAUUAGAGAAACAGACUCCAAGGAGUGGGAAUUACCUGGUGCGGGUGGAAUCGCCCGAGAUGGACGGGCAACGGAUGAUUGUGGCAUCCAUAGAAUCGAGUGGCCCCCGCAACGAGAUGCCUAG